AUGGAGGACGGGAAGCUCGAAGGCAUGGCCGCUCAACUCGCCGCGGCCAGGGCGCAGCAGGAGCGCGACGAGGCCCAAGGCCUGCGCCCCAAUUCCACCGAGGCCAAGAUAGCCAACAAGCGCCGCGAGCUGCAGUUCAAGUCCUCGCACAGCCUGCUUGUUGCGUUUCUCUUCCUCAUCGGCCUGUUGCAUGUCUUAGGCCUCUACCUCUUCACCACCGGCUUCCUCCUCACCCGCCUUGUCCUUGACCACAAGUCCGAAUGCGCCGUUCCUCCCAUCCAAUUGCCUGACGGAUUCGCCGCAGGCUCCGCCGAGAAGGGCUGCUGGCAUCCGACCACGUUCAAAAAGGCCGUUGUUAUCGUCGUCGAUGCGCUCCGCUACGACUUCACCGUCCCCUUCCAGCCCAGGGAAGACGACUCGGAGCCACACCAUUUCCACAAUGCCAUCCCCAUCUUCUACGAGACUGCCCUCAAGGAGCCAAACAAUGCUUUCCUCCUGCCCUUCAUCUCGGACCCGCCAACAACUACUCUGCAGAGGCUGAAGGGCUUGACAACCGGCACUCUCCCAACCUUCAUUGACGCGGGCUCGAAUUUUGCUGGGACGGCCAUUGAAGAGGACAACCUGAUUGCACAGCUCCGAAACGCAAGCAAGAACAUUGUGCAUCUGGGUGAUGACACUUGGCAUUCGUUGUUUCCCGGCUACUUUGAUCCGGAGCUUACUCGGCCAUACGACUCGUUCAACGUGUGGGAUCUGCAUACAGUCGACAAUGGAGUUACCGAGCACCUGUUCCCCUAUCUUCAGCCGGGACAUGCCGCGAAAUGGGACGUUCUGAUCGGCCACUAUCUCGGUGUCGAUCAUGCUGGCCACCGUUAUGGACCUGAUCAUCCCGCUAUGACUGCCAAGCUUCAGGAGAUGAACGAUGUCUUCCGCAGGUUGAUCAAGCUCCUUGACGAUGAGACCCUUUUGGUCGUUAUGGGAGAUCACGGCAUGGAUGCCAAGGGUGACCAUGGCGGCGAGUCCGAAGACGAGGUUGAGGCGGCGCUGUGGAUGUACUCGAAGAAGGGCAUCUUUGGUCGCAGCUCCCCGGAUUUUGUUACGCCCCCUGCAACUGCGAAGCAAAGACCGCUCGCUCAGAUCGAUCUCGUUCCCACGUUGUCUCUACUCCUUGGAUUGCCCAUACCAUUCAAUAACUUGGGUAAACCCAUCGAGGAAGCCUUCAUUGGUAGCCGUGGCGACGACUUCCAUAAUCUUGCUGUUGUCAACAGACUAGCAGCUGCCCAAAUCCACCGCUACCAACACGAGUAUGCUCUGGCAAAGGGCAUCGACGAGGCUGAUGAACUGCCUCGUCUCACGCUUUGGAAUGCCGCCAACAAGGUCUGGGAGAAUGUCAGGCAGACCAAAAAGCCCACGCAAGCCCACUGGCAACAGGCUUACGAGAAGUUUGCAAACUACCAAAAACUUACCCUGAGCAGAUGCCGCAGCCUAUGGGCCGAAUUCCAUGUUGUCAGCAUGUUCCAAGGCAUCGGCAUCCUCGCAUGCUCUCUGGCCAUCCUCGUCAUCUACGCCCGCGGCAUUGAAGGCGACCACACGGACGUGACUCCUCUCCUUCUUUUCCGGGGAGUCAGUGGAUUCGUUUUCGGCGGAGCUGCCGGAGCUGCCGUGGGACAUUUCAUCCCAUUUUUCGAACUGUUGCACUCUGCCAUCUUCGGUGCUGCUGUUUUUGCGCUCGUUGGCCUAACAUCUGCCUUGAUCAUUGUCAAGUUCAGGUGCAAUGUUCCUUUCCCAAAUACUUUCUGGGGUGGGAUCAGUGUGGUGCUACCUCUGCUCCUAUCGAUCGGGUUCGCCUCCAACUCUUUUACGAUUUGGGAGGAUGAGAUUCUGAUGUUCUUCCUCUGUACCCUGGGUGUCUUCUUCUUUGCAUCCUCGAUGAGACAAGAGACGCCUGAAGACCGUGUCCUCGGAUGCACGCAGUCUGUCAUCUUCAUCGUGCUGACCCGUCUAGCCUCCUUUUCCAGACUCUGCCGUGAGGAACAAAUGCCGUACUGCAAGUCUACUUACUACGCGUCUUCCACCUCUUCCACCUCUGCGUCCUGGCAGCUUGCGAUCCCCUUCAUCCUCUCUGCUGCUCUGCCUGAGGUCGUGAAGUCGUUCUACACUCGUACACGAUCCCUCCAGAGCAUAUCUCAGUUCUGGUUCGGCUUCAGCUUCCGUGUCUGUCUCCUACUCAGCGCCAGUUUCUGGGCCUUCGACGCUGCCGACGACAUGGACUACUUUGAUUUCUCCAAACGUACGCAGAAAGCCAUCCGCGUCGUCUUUUCGCGCGUGACAUUCGGCAUGGCCUUGGGCGUUGGCUACGCCGUGUACGCGUGGUGCCCGCCGCUCCUCAGGAUCAAGACGCACGAAGCGAAGCCCUCCGACGCAAACGACCCAGCCGUCGUCUCGCAGGGCGGCCGCAGCUCAAUCACCAUCCUCGGCUACGCCAACAUCCACGGCUCGCGCUACGCCCUGCUAAUCACCGCCUGGGCCCUCGCCGUCAUCCACGUCCAGAAGCCCAUGGGCGGCGGCGCCGUCGGCGUCCUGCUGUGGCAAAUCUUCGCGCUCCUCGAAAUCGUCGACACCAACAAGCUCGCGACCACGGCCGUCGGCCCCACGGCCCUCGCCCUGCUCGGCUCCUUCCACUUCUUCAAGACGGGCCACCAGGCCGCCCUCGCCAGCAUCCAGUGGGAGUCGGCCUUUUUGCCGUUCAAGAGCAUCCACUACCCGUGGUCGCCGCUGCUCGUCGUCCUCAACACCUUCGGCCCCCAGAUCCUCACCGCCGUCGCCGUCCCCGCCACCGUCCUGUGGAAGCAGCCCCCCAAGAAGAAGGGCUUGCUCGGCAACGUCGCGCAGGCGGUGGCUACGCAUCUGGUCUUUUAUGCUGGUGUCGCCCUCGCCACGACGUGCUGGGCUGGCCAUCUGAGGAGGCAUCUGAUGCUGUAUCGCAUAUUCAGCCCGAGGUUCAUGAUGGCGGCGUUGGUGCUGGUGGUUGUGGAUGUCGUUGCGGUGUUUGUUGGCGUUGCGGGUACUUGGUGGAGUUUCUUGUGCAAUGCUGAGGUCUUUGGGUGGUUGUGA